GACAGUUCCUAGUCUGAGAUUUGUUCUAAUGCUAGCUUCCAACUGGGACUGACUUUGAAGAAUGAGACAUAGCUGCAACAUUUGAUGGAGCAAAUGCAGCUUAACCACAAGGGACAAGUAGGGCAGAAUGCUUUUUGUGCUGGACUGCAGGUUAAACUGGGCUAGGAUCUGUGAUAGCUGCAAGUGUGAGAGCAAUGGUAGAAUUACUAACAGACAAAGAAAGGCAUGAAAAUAGGGGGAGAUAGUUGAGAAAGAAAUUAGAACAAGGAAAAAAAACCCUAUAAAUGUCUUGUAAAGAAAGCCUAUCAGCUGAGAAUCUGAUAUGGGGAAGGAGGAGUGCAACUUCCUCUUCAGUUUUUAGGUUCUCAUUUUUCAUUUAUGUUUCAAAAUCUUCCAUGGUGCCAGGGCUGAUUUCCUGGGCUAAGAAACUGAAGAUUUCUUUGGAGCACUUCUGAGCUCACAGGAAUUGUCAGGUUAUUGCCAGUGCUUCCAGUGUUCAGCACAGCCUUCUUUGAUGGGCAGAAGGUGAAUGAACAGAAGGGGAAGGCUCAGUAACCUAUCUGUGUCACCCUCUGGAAACAAGGAGCUAAAAGGACCACCUUUUACGUGACAAAACUAAGGACAGGGUCCCACUGUGAUUCAAUGGCAUCAGAAAUCACCUAUGCUGAGGUGAAAUUCAAAAAUGAAUCACCGGCUCCAGUGGUCAAAGUACCUCCUGAGACAAAGAAGCCUGAGCACCAUCCCCAGAAAUACCCACUCUGGCUGCCAUGGUUGAUCUCACUGCUGCUCCUCUUGGUGUGCUUUGCCCUUGUUGUCAUCAUCCUCGUUUUUCACUUCUGGCACAGCAGUGACCAGCCCAGAGCCCUGCAGCAGCAGUUCUCAGAGUGGAAGUGUGACUCAGGAUUGCCACAAAGCACAGACCGAGGCUGGACGUGCUGCCCAGAGGGCUGGAGAAGGUUUCAAAGAAGCUGCUAUUUCCUGUCUCCUGAUACAAUGAACUGGGUUGAGAGUGAGCAGAACUGCACUGGGAUGGGCUCCCAGCUGGUGGUGAUCAACAGCAAGGCAGAGCAGGAAUUCCUCUCCAAGCAGAUAAAACGAUAUCCACAAAGAGAGUAUUUCUACAUCGGUCUGUUUGCCGACAAGGAGGGCCAGUGGCAAUGGGUGGACAAGACUCCAUAUAAUGUGACAGCAGCGUUCUGGCGAGAAGGAGAACCAAGUGGUGGUGUUGGGGAGGACAGCACUGUAAUCUACAGUCCUGAAAAAACUCUCAACAACUGGAUUGACUCUAAAUCCAUUUUGACGCGUUAUCGAAUUUGUGAAGCUGCAGCAGUAACUGUGUGAUGGAAAUACCCCUGUCCUGAGUAAAACUGGGAGCUGAGCAGCGAGCUGGGAACAGCGCUGGCUGUGCUGGGAGGGGUAGGGAGCCCUGACACAUCUUCACUGUCUGUGGGAGGAGACCAUGUGUGUGUGGAAGUGAAAUGAGCUUUGUGCAGGAUUCCCAGUGCAUGGAAUGGCUCAGGGAACACAGGAAGGCCUGGGCUCAUUAAUGCAAGUCCUGUGUUCUUGUGUCCUCUUCUCUCUGAGAGGGUCCAGCAGCUUCUGGCUGAAGUGAGAUGGACUUGUCCAGGAGGAAGACACAGGAAUGGAAGACAGAUAUCCAGGGAUUCAAUGUCACAUGGUCUCCUUGAGCAGAGGUGUUUCGUUUUUGUUGAGUCACACACAGAAUGUCUUCUAGCUGUCCUGGUUUUGCUGAACAAAUUCUUAAUAUUUACACAAGACAAAAUACAAUAUCACACCAAUGAAAAAAGGCUCUGUGCCAUGUCUCUCUCCAAAUCUCUCUUUCCUAUCUCUAUCCUGCAGGGGUAUCAUUUACAAAUCAGGGCAUGUUUUGGUUUGAAGGGGAAUUUGUAGGAUAGUCUAUUGUCAGGCCCCUUAGGUCUUGGGGAAGGAUACCUUCCAUUAUACCAGGUGUCUCAUAUCCCCAUUCUCCCAGGCCUUCAGCAUUUCAGGGAUGGGACAUCCACAGCUCCUAUAGGCAGCUGAUUCCAGUGCCUCACCUACUCACAGUCACGAAUUCCUUCCUAAUAUUUAAUCAAAAUCUGCCCUCUGAGAGUUUAAAGCCAUUCCCCCUUGUCCUAUCACUACAUUCUUGUGCAAGAAGUCCCUCUCAACAAGGCUAUUUCCACUGCUGUAAUAUUGACACUUGUAGGGAUUUGACUUCAUUCCACAGAAUACAGUCAAUAACACAAGCAGAUGUGAAGAAUUGUCACGGGCAACACUUAGAAAGCAGUUGUCAGCAGAGACUGGUGGUGGUAUCAGGGAACUGUAGAAGUGCAGUGCUGCAAAUGUCCUCCCUUCCCUUUCCUGUUGUAUUUGUCCUCUCCAGCUUCAGAGUGUAGAUGUGUAUCUCAUGCAGAGCUAGCUCCUUCUCUGAUGCCACUUGAGUGUCCAGUGGUGGGAACACAACCGCUGUGUUCUUCCCAGCCUCUUUCGGCCUGAGAUGCUUCUGCCCUAUUCCAAUGGCUUGGAUAGCAGUAAAUAAUGAAGUAGGAUUGUGAAUGCAAACAGCUGUGUGCACUGAAUAACUGCAGCAACAAUUUGAGGGGCAAUUUGCCCCAAAGCACUGCUGUUAAAGAAGAACAUGAUCAGCAGCCUAACAAUGAUGUCUAGAGGGGCUGGAACAGAGGCUGCACAGCGUUUAGGGGCAUAAAAUGGGUAUUGAGAGUCCUUCAAAGGCCCCACCCUUGCAGUACCAGUGCCACAGUCAUUGCCCCUGCCUGGAUGGCUCCAAGAUGGAAGAAAAAGAGGGCUUGGUCACGAGAUCUCACAUCUUUAUAGACUUUAGUCUAUUUGCAUACAGGAGUCAACCAUCCAAUUAAUAGUCUCAAACUGUAAGGCUUCAUCCUGCUUGCUUGCUUGCCCAUCCUCUUCAUUUCACGUUGUUUAUGCUUAGGGCCUGGAGUUUGAAUAAACUGUCCUUGAGUCCCUAGCUGAAAUUGGACUAUUUUGUCUUCGUCACCCUAGCACAAUGGAAAAGCACACUCAAGCAGAACAGAAAACUCAGAACUUUAGACAUGAAUUCCC